AUGACGGUAGAAAAUGCGAGUGUAGCUCUGCAGGCUGCUCUGGUGACAAGCCCGCACUGCCUCAACUGUAACGUCAGCCCUUGUUAUUCUUCUUACCGUCCUAUUGAACAACAUAAUUGCAAAUUACAGCUCCGCACAGUGGGAAGCCGGCCAGUUACCUCACCCCUUAAUGAUGCAAAGGUUGAAUGUAUUAUUCAGGAGACACUGAACGAAGACGGGUCUCAACAUGAGUGUGACCCACAGCUAGCAGAGGAACUUGAUGAAGUGCAAAGACACCAGGGCCUGCUCAGGGAGCUGCAGAGGCUGGCUGGUGAUGAGCAAGAAGACGACAAUGAGCAGGAUGAGUAUAACCUGGCUGAUGAUGAGAGCGACUUCGAGCAGGGGGAUGAGGAGACGGAGGAGGAGAGAGACCUGACCAGCCUCCCGAAAGAGACAGAGGAAAAGAAAGAAGACAAGACAGAGGCAGAUGACACCAAGGAGAAGAUAAUGGAGGAGCCCCGGAUUGAAGACAGAGGGAGGGACAAUGAAGAAGAGCGAGCCAAGGAGCUUGAGGAGCUGCUAGCUGAAGAGAUCACCAAGGAAGGGAAGGAGGAGCGGAACGAUGAAGAGCUCAAAGAACUGCUGAAAGAGCUGAAGAAGAAACGCUACGAGGCGGUGAAAGAGAGGGAGAUCCAGAAAGGCUCUGGGGCAGAGCAGGAGGAAGAGGUGGAGAAAAAGAAGGAACAGGAGGACAAGGAGAAGAAGGGAAAAACAGCGGAGGACUUGGAGAAGCAGAGGAUUGAGGAGAGGAGGAAGAACGAGGUGGAACUGAUGGGGGAGAGGGAGAAGGUGGAGAAGGAGCUGAAGGAGCUGCUCAAAGAAAGAAAGGAAAGCAAGGGCAAGCCGGAGCAGGAGAGGGAGAGGAAGGAGAAGCAGGAGGAGCUGGACGAACUCGUCAGGAAGAUGAAACGGGUGCAGGAGGAGGACGAGCAAGAGACGCACGGCAACAAGAAAGAGGACGGCGUGGACGAGAGGACAGCAGAGGAGAAGAGCGAGAAGAAGGAGGGUGAAGAGGAUAAGGUGCCCGAUGAGAAAGCAGAGAAUGAAGUCAAGAAGAAGGAGGCGGUGGCGGCGGCAGAGGUGAAGGAGCCGCUGCAGAAGAGAGUGAUGGAGAAAGCGAGCGAUGAAGCCACGCGGCAGUUUGAGCGGGAGAGGUACAAGAAUGCGGAUGAGGAGGAUGGGGACGAGGAAGAUGAGGAUGAAUAUAUCAGAGAGGAUGAGGAGGGGCAGGAGGAGGAAGAUGAUGAGGAGGGUAACGCCGAAGAAGAUGAAGGGGAGGAGCUGCUGGAGAUUGAAGCAGAGUUGCGCAAAGUCGCUGCAGAGCUGAGGGAGUUUCGCAGAGGAUAAGACACACACACACACACACACACACACACACACACACAGACUGACAAAAUCCUUUGUUGCAGUCAAAGUCACACAUUCAGCUCACACUCACACACCAUUUUACAGCCUUCAAAUCCCCACAGCACUCAGAGAAAUGUCUUCAGAUGUGAAUCUGUAAAUGGACAUCAGUAGAAACUGUACAUACUGUUGUUUAAUUUCUGCUUUAAGAUUGCCUGGAAAAUAUGUCUGAGUGUUAAGGAAAAAGAGACACAUUUUCCUGAGAAUCUAAAAGAUAUGUGUCCAUCUCCACUCGUGUCCCUGUCUCUGUACCUGUAAAUGCUGUUUGUAAGGUAGACAGGUGAUUUCCCUCCAGUUGUAAAACGCCAUGGAUGCAAAGCAUUCAGCACUUUUAUUCGAAUGUUGUUUUUGACUGCAGAUUGCCAACAGCACAAACACCAUCGUCUUUGAAAUCAUGAAUACUGGCAAGCAGCGCUUCUUUUCUACGAAGGUAUCAUCCUCCAUGGUGUGUGGGAAAAACAGAUUCCCUACUAUAAGUAACGUGUGUAUUUCAAUAUAUAUUUUGUGCGAUAACUGAUAACUAUGUGUAAGCUGUUCUUGCCCUUCCGACUGUUAACGAUAUGUAUUACUGAUAUUUCUACACAGGAGUAAGUCAUGAUUUCCUCUUUGUUUCUUUGAUGAUAAAGUAGAAACAAGGACUGUGUUUCAUUUGGCUGUUGCACUGUUAAAACCCGACUGUUUGUGAUGAACCAGGGUGACACGAACAAAACACAGCGUUGAAAUUCUGACACUUGUGUCAGAUGUUAAGUUUGUUUUGUGCGUGGUUAGUGUGUGACCACAGGAUGUGAUGUACUUAGAGCUUACAAGGUCUGAAAGUGUCACUUCAGGUUCUCAGCCAGCUUUGCACUCUUAUCUUAACAAGCCAAGGAGGAGUUGAGGGAAGAGGGAGUCACUAAAGCCAUUUUGUUGUCUUUUGGUGACAGCAACAAUGACAAUAACAUUUAUAAAUGCUCAGUAUUGUUCCGUCAAAGUUGUCAUAGCUGUCAUGUAAUUUGUGUAAAUAUCCGAUAUCAUGGUCUGUAAGCCAAGGUCAUAGGAAAUAUGAAGCAACAGCGCCCCCUAGAGGACACUGGGUAGAAAUGCACACGCCGCAGGAUAAACAGGGUUACCAUUGGAGGCCCACUUACUGCAAUAACACAAUAUAGACUAGAGCACAUGUGAAUGCAAUAAUUAGCCAAAUAAUGAAUGAUUUCAUGUAUUUUAAUAUGUUAUCAAAGUGCAUCAUAUAGCAGAUACAAUCUCUCUUUUUCUACACAGCCAAGAUUUACAAUACAUUUAUGUAUUUGAACACUGGCAAAGUAGCCGGUUGGUCAACUUGUGUAAACACGUAGUGAUAAUAACACACAAGAUCAGUCAACACGGAUGAGCUCAUUACUGUCUAUUCCAAAGAUGAGAUGUUUGUUCACUUGAUAAAAAUGAAAAAAAUGAAUGUACUGUAGUUUUCUUUUUCUUUUUUUAGUGCAAAAUUGUUUCCACAAACUGUAUCUUACAAACCAGCAAGAAAGAUGUAGGAAAUGUCUGUGUGGGGGGGGGACAUAAGGGCAUAGAUGACAUUUUGAUCAUUAGGAAACAAACAAUUAUAACAAAAACACCAUUUGUAAUAUUACUGGCCAAUCAGAGUGCUGUAUUUUGUGCCUGCUGUAACUUCUUCUAUGCUACCUGUCAAUCAAUAAACGGAAAGUGUAUUAAAC